UCUUUUCUAAGCUUGUCUCUUAAACCCCACUAGACUUUGGCACAGUGUGGGAUGACUAUGGAGACCCAAAUGUCUCAGAAUGUAUGUCCUGGCAACCUGUGGCUGCUUCAACUACUGACGGUUUUGCUGCUGCUGGCUUCUGCAGACAGUCAAGCUGCAGCUCCCCCGAAGGCUGUGCUGAAGCUCGAGCCCCCAUGGAUCUAUGUGCUCCAGGAGGACUCUGUGACUCUGAUGUGCCAGGGGGCUCACAGCCCUGAGAGCGACUCCACUCAGUGGUUCCACAGUGGAAAUCUCAUCCCCACCCAAAAGCAGCCCAGCUACACCUUCAAGGCCAACAACAAUGACAGCGGGGAAUACAGGUGCCAGACCGGCCGGACCAGCCUCAGCGACCCCGUGCAUCUGACUGUGCUUUCCGAGUGGUUGGCGAUCCAGACCCCUAGGCUGGAGUUCCAGGAGGGAGAAACCAUCAUGCUGAGGUGCCACAGCUGGAAAGACAAGCCUCUGGUCAAAGUCACAUUCUUCCAGAAUGGAAAAUCCAAGAAAUUUUCCCGUUUAGACACAAGCUUCGCCAUCCCACAAGCAAACCACAGUCACAGCGGUGAUUACCACUGCACAGGAAGCGUAGGCCACACGCUGCGCUCUUCCAAGCCUGUGACCAUCACUGUCCAAGUGCCCAGCAUGAGCUCUCCGUUGAUGGGGAUCAUUGCAGCUGUGGUCGCUGGGAUUGCUGUAGUGGCCGUUGUUGCUGCUGUAGUGGCCUUGAUCUACUGCAGGAAAAAGCGGAUUUCAGCUCUCCCAGGAAACCCUGAGCGCAGGGAAAUGGGAGAGACCCUCCCUGAGAAACCAGGUGAGUACAGCGUUGUCUCAGGGAUUUGGUGAUGCUUCACCAGGGCUGCUGGCUGGACUGGAGCCAGCAAGAAAGCGCUUGUGUGAGUUCAGCUGGGAGCCAGGGAGGGAGCAGCGGUGUGGGGGUGGCCGGGGCUCGAAUCACUUGGUCAGCUCUGAGUCUAACUCCCGGGCCUGAGGAGGACCUCAGUGGAGAUGAGAAGUGAAACAUCAGUCCCAGAUACAGAGGAGAGGGCUAUGUCCAAAUUUCUGGGGAUAUUCCAGAGCAGGAAAUCAGAGAUACUUUGGUCUUUCUGAGGAGCUUUGGCAGAGCUGGGAAAGGAGAGGGCUAGGGGCUAUAGAGCUGAGACCAAUCGGAUGUGGGAGGCAGGAGUCUAAGGGGGAAAAGGAGGAGGCCUGAAAACCCUUCCAUCUGCUGAGGAGUCUGCCUCUGUGGAAGGAUGGGGCAGAGUGGCCAGGCUCAGCUCCCUGUGGAACACUAAGAGGGGAUUUGGGCUUGAGAAAAUUCUGGGGGACUAGGAGCACUAGUGGGCUCUAACCUACAGGCAAAGCUCGGUUCCGAUGCCCACGCACUCAAGGUUGAUUGAAUUUUGGCCUGGUUCUGUCCCCCUCACACAUUGGAGCCUUGAGCAAGAUAGUCUCCCUGAUGGGGUUCGGUCUCCUCACUGGGGAUAUGAGUGGGUGGCCGGGGUGACCUCUCAGCCCUUCUAGGUCUGACACUGUGAGAGCCAGGGGCUAUCGAAGCCCUGGCCCAGGUGGGAGUGUGUAAAGGAACAGGAGGAUGCCAGGCAACUUCCAGACUGUGGUUAAAGUCAGAGCACAAAGGACGCUGGGGCUUUCUCUGGGAGCCUCCAAGACAGUAGGAACAGGCAGAAAAAAGAGGCCCUGAAACACCCCAACUCAGAUGGCUGGAGUAUGACUCAGAGCAGAGCCAACAGAUUUGAGAGCUUGAGCAAAAUAGCACUCUUCCAGCUGUGCUUUCAGCAAGGUCACACGUUCGCUGGCCCGGCCCAGAGGGGAUACCAGCCUGCGUUCACACCAGGGCCAAAGCAGAUCUGGGAAAAAAAAGAAGUUCAAGCAACUGGAUUAGUCGCCUUGAUGUGCGGUUCUGUCUAUACUGACAGAAGCAUGUUUCACAAGGCAUUUAUGCAGCCAGGCAACGGGGCUGAUGAUUUCCCAAAAGACAGAGCUGGGUUGCUCGGAUUUGGGGGGAAUGUAUUAGAAUGGGAAUUCAGAAUGUGGUUUGCUGUAGAAUUUGGAGCAUGGCAGUAAAGACUCUCUGUGUUCAGGAAGUGAGAGAAGAGACUAGAUGCAUUGUCUCAGACACCUCCCAACUUCCUGAGAAAUGUGGCUUUCAGAUACCGAGGCUGCUUUUCACACUGGCUAAGUCAGUUUAUGACAAAAACAUGAGGCAAUUAGGUAUGUUUUGAACACUAACCAGAGAAAGCUCUUCCUUCCCUUCCUCCUUUCCUCCCUUCCUUCCUUCCUUGAGGCAAUUAGGUGUGUUUUGAACACUAACCAGAGAAAGCCUUUUCCUUCUUUCCUUCCUUCCUUCCUUCCUUCCUUCCUUCCUUCCUUCCUUCCUUCCUUUCUUUUUCUCCCUCCCUCCCUCCUGUUUCUUUCUCGAACUCUCACUCUGUCUUCCUUUUUAAUGUCAUGGAAUAGUAUAUUCUUCAAAGUUCCAACAAAGAUGCACUACAUUAGAACAAUGUGGAAAUGGCCCUCAGCCUUCUCUCCCUGAUGUGGUCAGCAAAAAUCUGGACUUUCCUUCACUCUGAUGCUGAACACUCCUCCCCCACCCCUUCCCCAAUAUCUCAGAUCCCCAAGCUGCCUGGUUUGCUUCUAGGAAAACUCAGAGCAAUUCCCUGAAAAGAAUGUGGCCCAAGUGACUGCUUCCCUCUGCCAGUGUGGCCUGUGGGGAAGGCUGUGGCUGGGCGAUCCCAAGGGUGGAUACAUGAAGCCGUAUUUACUUAGCCCUUGGCCUUACAGGACUGUGUCAAGGGGUUAGCAGUCCUCGUCUUGAGUCUAGUUAUGGUUUUGCAGCCUCAGCAUCAGCACGGGC